AUGGCUCGUAAACGGGAUGGUGGCUGCUGCCCUCUGCCCCUCAAUGAGGACAAUGCCCGCUUCUGCCUGCUGGCAGGGCUCAUCUUGCUCUAUCUGCUGUGUGGGGCAGCUGUGUUCUCUGCCCUGGAGCGCCCCUCCGAGCUCCGUGCCCGCCUCCUCUGGGACCAGCAGCUGGCCAACUUUACUCUGAGCCACCGGGUGAGCCUGGGAGCCCUGCAUGCGCUGCUGCGCCAGUAUGAAGAGGCCAACGGGGCCGGGAUCAGAGUGGAUGCUCUUAGGCCCCGCUGGGACUUCUCUGGAGCCUUCUACUUUGUCGGCACGGUGGUGUCCACCAUCGGCUUUGGUAUGAACACCCCAGCUACCAUCCCUGGUAAGAUAUUCCUGAUCUUCUACGGCCUCAUCGGCUGUGCCGCCACCAUCCUCUUCUUCAACCUCUUCCUGGAGAGGAUCAUCACCAUGCUGGCCUACAUCAUGCGUUGGUGCCACGAGCGGAGGAUGAGGCGCUCAGGGUUGGGGGCUGUGUCAGGGGCCGAGGAGCCCCGCAGUGAGGAGGACAGUCUGGAGGGCUGGAAGCCCUCUGUCUACUACGUGAUGCUGAUCCUGGGGGUGGCGUCUGUGCUGAUCGCCUGCAGCGCCUCCUCUCUGUACUGCUCCAUGGAGGACUGGAGCUACAUGGACUCCCUGUACUUCUGCUUCGUGGCCUUCAGCACCAUCGGCUUCGGGGACCUGGUGAGCAGCCAGAGGGAGCACUAUGAGGCCCAGGAAGCCUAUCGCCUGGGCAACUGCCUCUUCAUCCUCAUGGGCGUGUGCUGCAUCUACUCGCUCUUCAACGUCAUCUCCAUCAUCAUCAAACAGACUCUCAACUGGAUCCUGGCCCGGCUGGCUUGUCCAGGCCGACGCUGUCCCUGCUCGUGCCCUAAGAGAGGCCUCCGCAGGCGGCAGCGCUUCAAACGCAACGCCGUGCAGCCCACCCCGUCCCAAGUCCCCACAGGGCGACAUCGCUACACGGACGCCUCGGUGGAGACAGUGUGCGACAGCGAGACGGACGCCGGAGCGGGGGUGGACGGGGUCGCUGGGGGCCGGCGUCUCUCUGGGGAGAUGAUUUCGGUGAAUGACUUCACAGCGUCCAAUAAGGUGUCUUUGGCACUGCUGCAGAAGCAGCUGUGUGAGACGGCCCAGCAGGGCCCCAGGCAGAGCCACGUUCCUCGCCACAAUGGCUUCUCUGGAGGUGUGGGUGCAUUCGCCAUUAUGAACAAUCGCCUGCAGGAGACCAGUGUGGACAGGUAG